GCUCCACUCUGACAGCGACACCAUCUGCCCAGAGCCAGACUGAGCCUGGAAGGUUCUGGAAGCCAGAAGGACUGAAGUAGUAGGGGCUGGAGGCAGGGGGACAAACGGAGAACUCACGGUUUCCAGUUGGCUUGGUCUGUCUCGGGUCUGGUUGGGGUUUGCGCUCCAGGAAGCCGCAGCGUUCGCCCUCGCCGCAAGUGGUCACGGUCUCUUUGCAGGAGCCGCUGGGGCCUCCACCGCAGUCAUAGCACCGCUUGCGGUUUCCUGGCAGGAGAGAAGAGGUGCUCCAUCUCUCCAACUCUAGGAUCUCCGUGUGCAGAUCACAUUCUCCCAGACUCCUGAGCCCCGGGUCCAGCCAUGGGCACCUCCAGCAUCUUCCUCUGCAUUCUGUUCCUCGGUGGGGCACUGGGUCUCGCCACUUCCCCUGCCUGGAGAUGGCUCCACUGUUACACCUGCAACUUCGCCAAACCCUGCUACCCUGUUCCUACCGAGUGUCAGGAUGAUGAAGUUUGUGGCAUCAGUAUUGGUACCUCAGAGAACAGUGAGGUCAAGGAGCGGAAAGCCUGCCUCCCAAGGACCCAGUGCUCUCUGCAGGGCCAUGCCACCUGCUGGUCACGCUCCUACACUCCUCAGCACCACUGCUGUGAGCAGGACCUGGGCAAUGCGGCCACCACGCCGCAUCGGCCCCCCAGCCUCCUCCUCAUCACCCCGCUCAUCCUCGUGGCCAGCUUCACCUGGGGAGCCCACCUCCUCCACCAGCCUUCAACCCAAGACUCCUCCACUAUCACCGUGGCCCUGGAAACACCUGCACAGACACUUCCGAUCUGCCCAAGAACCUGAUCUUGUACAGAGACCUCACACCCCUUGGGCCCAACACCUUCACGGACCCCUCCCCAAACCUGAUUCCUACAGGCACUGCUCUAGCCCCU